CAGGGAGCGUCAUUGGAGCGGUGCUCCCUUAAUUCGGGGAGUAGGGCGAAGAGAAUGAACACACUGGGGCAUCAUUGACACUGAGCUGGUUCUUUUAACGUUAGCGUUAGCUGCACAGGAGAUGGUCAAUGAAGAGCAGCCGGACCAGACGAGUACUUUCAGUUGCAAGGACUACUGCUUGAUAAUUUCUUCCGAUCCCUUCACAGAGGAAUUGCUCCUGAAUGUUCGCCCUUUUGGAGCAGCAUUUGUAUUAGCUCCUCUUUAAAGGAACACACGAUUGCGUUAGGCUUGUGCUUUUUUUUAGGGGGUGGGGGUGGGAGGGAAAGGGGUGGGUUUGUGGGGGCACCGUUCCAGUUCAGAGCAAGACACUGGCCCGUCGGCGAUUCCAAUAAAGGUUUUCCUCAUGAAAAAUCAGCUUUUCUGUACUACCUCGGCCAUGGCGAUGAACAAGAGUGUCGACUGGCUCCAAGAGCAACUGGAAUCCGGGGAGGCGAGCCUGCUGCUGCUUGACUGCCGCUCUCACGAGCUGUACGAGUCUUCGCACAUCGAGUCAGCCAUCAAUGUGGUCAUCCCGGGGCUGAUGCUCAGGAGGCUCAAGAAGGGCAACCUGCCCAUCAAGUCGCUGAUCCCCAACAACGAGGACAAGGAGAAAUUCGUCAAGCGGUGCAGGACCGACACCGUCAUCCUGUACGACGAGUGCACGAUCGAUUGGCACGAAAACGGGGCGAGUUCUGUCCUGGGCUUGUUACUACAGAAAUUAAGAGACGAUGGCUGCAAGGCUUAUUACCUGGAGGGGGGCUUUAAUAAGUUUCAGACUGAAUAUCUAGAGCACUGCGAGACCAACCUGGAUUGCUCCUGCCCCAGCAGUUCGCCUCCCGUGUCGGUGCUGGGUCUGGGAGGACUUCGAAUAAGUUCCGACUGCUCUGACGGGGAGUCCGAUGCCGAUCGAGAACCCAACAGCGCGACCGAGUCGGAAGGCAGCCCCUUGCCAAAUAAUCAGCCAGCUUUCCCCGUCCAAAUUCUGCCGUAUUUGUACCUCGGCUGUGCCAAAGAUUCGACCAACCUGGAUGUCCUGGGAAAGUAUGGGAUCAAAUACAUUUUGAAUGUAACCCCUAAUCUUCCCAACAUGUUUGAAAAUGACGGGCAGUUUAAGUACAAGCAGAUUCCAAUCUCAGACCACUGGAGCCAGAAUCUUUCUCAGUUCUUCCCAGAAGCUAUUUCUUUCAUAGAUGAAGCCAGAUCCAAGAAGUGUGGAAUCCUAGUUCAUUGCUUAGCUGGGAUUAGCAGGUCAGUCACUGUGACUGUUGCAUAUCUUAUGCAGAAAUUGAACCUAUCUCUGAAUGACGCUUAUGAUUUUGUAAAAAGGAAAAAAUCCAACAUCUCUCCGAACUUCAACUUCAUGGGGCAGCUUUUAGACUUUGAAAGGACUCUAGGACUUACCAGUCCUUGUGACAACAGGGCACCUAAAGAGCAGAUGUAUUUCACCACUCCUACCAACCACAACGUUUUCCAGCUGGAAUCUCUUGAGUCAACAUGAAGAACAGAACACGUGCAAGUCUUAUCCUAACCGUUUGUUUGAAAAGCUUGUCAUCAGGCGAUUUUUGGGGUAAACUGGUCUGACCAGGUUGGUACAUCUGAUCACUGUUUGGAGAGCUCGCUAUCUCACAUCACCCUGAUAAAGUAAUCGGGGGAAAUAAACUGAUGUUCAAAGAGUGGGUUUUUGGCCUCAAGGUAUUAAAGUUUUGGGAGGAAUAGAUUUCUGAGUGCAGUUAUCUUGUGACAGCUGAUUUAAGCACAAAAACUGGCAAUUAAACCCACUAUAAAUUUGCUGGCUAAAUGUGAUGAAAGUCCUGGGCACUUGGACAUCUCCAGGAAGGUGCCAUCCCAGUACUCUUCUGAUUUGCAUUUUGAGUUAGUUUUACUCUACAAAAUGUAGGGUUUCAGUUUCUUUCCCUCUAAUAACCAGACUGUUGUACAAGCAGUUAUUGUUCAGUCACAUUUUUAUGAUUGUUUUCUAUGUUAUUUGUUGACCUAAUGCAGUUUGCACAGUUGUGAAGCCUUCAAGUCACGGCACUUCACUGGUACUCCACAGAGAGAAUGGACACUUCAUUGUAGUAGGCAUCUAGCAAAUGUGAAUGGAGCAGACCUGGAUCUUGCCUUGAGUUUUGGAGGAAAGUUAGCAGUGCAAGGAGAUAGUUUAAUUUGUUUCCCUAAAACUUAAAGCUGAAAAAGAUGGACUUUUUUGAAGUCCCAAACCAAUUUCUUUACAGCAGGUUGCCCUGGCUGUGUGCAGUUAACAGCCUGUGAUUAAUGCCAAACAGCUGGGCUAAAUCAGAUCCAGGUCAGUCUGUCAGUGGGAAGUAAUUGUAGAUGCCAGCACUUAUCUUGCAUAUUACAUAUUGAAUUUUUUUUUUCCUCUACUGUUGCUGCUACUCUUGAGGUCUCAGAGUUGAAAUAGAAACCUUUAUUGAGCUGCAAAUAACAGAAACCAAGGUUAUUGUAGUGUUAUACCUGGGUGGAAAAUUGUCUAAGGCUUCAGCUUUGGCUGACCUCGUAACCUAUUUCAGCAUUUUUUUUGUAUGUUCUCUUUUAAUGUAUCGAAAAUCCACUGAGAUGCUUGGUAUUAAAAAUGACUUUGAUGUAAUUUGUAUUGAUGACCGAAGCUUUUGGGUCCAAAUUUCUGCAAUAUUUUGUGCAUUCUGUUUCCUUUUUAUAUAAAAAGAAAAAUCAAGAGGAAUGUUCAUGUGACUGUGUAAGAUACAAAGAAAAGGUUUAGCAGUUUAAAGAACACAGGCAUUAUUUGGGGGAGGGGGAAUCGGUUCAUUACAAAAUGGAUCAUUUUGCAUCUUACCUCACUGAGGACUUUCAGGGAUUAUGAAAAUGCAUCAGUUAUCGUGUUACAGCUGAGUGGAUUUGUAAAGCUUUUGUGCUGUACAUGGUUGAGAUGCAUACAUGUUUCAAUAUGAGCUUGGUAGAGGGUAGUUUUUGCUUUCUGAUUAUGAAGGAAAAACUCUAUAUUGUAUAGUAUUCUGAACCAAUACAACACAUGUUUAUACUGCAAAUAAAUAUUGAAUUAUUUUUUUCUUUAAA